AUGGCGAAUGAACGAAGUCUAGGUCUUGGAACUGAAUCUCAACAACAUGCAGGAGAGCAGUUGAGUUCUGGAGGUGUGAAUCAAACGGUUGGAACUGGAAAUCAAUCAACUGGAAUAGAUUACAAUCAUCCUUUGUUCUUAUCGCCAGCUGAUGUGAGCGGAAUUCAAAUCAUUUCAUUCCAACUCACAGGUAUUGAAAAUUACUCAAUGUGGAAUCGAUCUAUGCGUGUUGCACUGUUAGGAAGAAAUAAGUUAGGUCUAAUUGAUGGCUCAUGCAAGAAAGAAAAUUUUCCAGAAAUUCUGUGGAGUCAUUGGGAGAGAGUAAAUGCAAUCGUUCUCUCAUGGAUUAUGAACUCUGUUUCUAAAAAUCUUCUAGGCGGAAUUAUGUAUGCUUCGUGUGCCCAAGUAGUCUGGGAAGAUUUGUCUGAAAGGUUUAAUAAAGUAGAUGAUUCAAGAUCCUUUAAUUUGCAUAAAGAAAUUGCAACUCUGUCUCAAGGUACGGCAUCUGUGUCAGUAUAUUUCUCAAAGUUGAAAGAUAUGUGGGAAGAGUUUGAAGCCUUGGUCCCUGCACCAGGUUGUGAUUGUCCCAAGUCUAAGAAAUUUGUGGUAUAUCUUCAAAAGCUUAAGUUGUAUCAGUUCUUAAUGGGACUUAGUGACUCAUAUGCCCAGGCUAGAAGCCAGAUUCUGAUGAGAAGCCCAGUCCCUACAGUUAAUCAAGCCUAUGCUAUGAUAAUUAGUGAUGAAGGUCAGAAAUCAAUAACCAAUGCCACAGGAAUUUUAGGUGCUAAUCCUGCAAUGAUGGCAGAAAAUUUUGAUGCAGCCAUGUACUCAAGGUCUACAGGAAAUCAAAGGUUCAAGAAAAAUUAUAAUGUACAGUGUGAUUUCUGUAAACUAAAGGGACAUACAAAAGAAAACUGUUACAAAAUUGUGGGAUAUCCUCCUGACUAUAGACAUAAAAAGAAAGGAGGAACUGGAACCAAUGCUGCAUACAAUGUUAUGACUGAUAAUAUGAUGCAACAGGCCUUCAGUAACUAUAAUGAAGGUCCUCUACAAGGUGUUAGUAUGAAUAUGAGUCAAGGAUCUGAGGACAAAGGGCCUCUUCUCAACAAACCUGGAACCAGUCAGGCUUCAAGCAAAGUGUCAACCCCUGCAGCUAACACAGCAGGUAUUAGUUGUGCUCUAAUGGUCUCAAAUAGUCCUCAAGAGUGGAUAAUAGAUACAGGAGCCACAAAUCACAUGGUGGCAAAUUUGAAAAUGCUUAAUGAAGCCACUAUAGUUAAGUCUGAAAAUCCAAAGAAAAUCUUCAUGCCAAAUGGAGACAUUUCAUAUGUGACACACACAGGGGCCAGCAUCAUAUCAGAAGGGAACACUAUUACUAAUAUGUUUUAUGUUCCAUCUUUCAAGUUCAAUUUACUAUCAGUCUCUAAACUGACAAAGGAGUUACAGUGCUCAGCAGCCUUCUUCUGUUUCAGGAACUCUUCAGUGGGAAGAGCUAUCAGAACUGACAAUGGUACUGAGUUUAUAAACUCUAUAUGCAAUAAAAUGUUCAAGAAGUAUGGUAUUAUUCAUCAAACAUCAUGUGCUUAUACUCCUCAGCAAAAUGGAAUUGCUGAAAGAAAGCACAGGCACAUUUUAGAGGUUACCAGGGCAAUAAGGUUUCAAGCUGAAAUACCAAUAAGGUUUUGGGGUCAUUGUGUAACUGCAGCAGUCUAUUUAAUAAACAGGCUUCCAAGUACUGUCAUCAAUAACAAGACUCCUUAUGAAAGGCUAUAUCAGAAACCUCCUUCCUACACUCACUUAAGAGAUAGGGUGUUCUUUGUUAAUAGAGAUGUAAUCUUCAGAGAAGAUGUCUUCCCUUUCAAAAGGAAAGAAGUUUGUUCAACUCCUAUAUUUCCUACUCCAAAUUCUCAACUACAAAAUCUUAAUCUACCUGUUUCUGAUCAUAUACCUGUCCUUACUCAGACAGCAGUUCAACCUUCAAACAUUAGUAUGAAAACUGAACUUAACCAAUUUCCUGAUCCUAUACAAAAUAACUCCAGUGAGAAUCAAGUCAUGGACAAUGUACUUAUAGACUCUCAAAAUGGAGACUCUGAGAGAUAUGAAAUGCCAACUACAAGUUAUAUACAGAGCCCAAGGCCAGUUCCAUAUCCUAUAUCAAACUAUAUUAGCUAUGAGGGUCUGUCUUCAUCCUAUAGAGCAUUUAUUUCUACCUCCUCAAAUAUUACUGAGCCUACUACUUUUGCAGAAGCAAUAAGGGAUCCUAAAUGGAUAGAGGCUAUGAAGACAGAAAUAGAUGCAUUACAGAACAAUAACACAUGGGAAAUAGUGACAUUGCCUGAAGGAAAAACACCAAUAGGGUGUAAGUGGAUUUACAAAGUAAAAUACAAGGCCUCAGGUGAAAUUGAGAGGUUUAAAGCUAGAUUGGUGGCAAAGGGGUACAGCCAAAAAGAAGGAAUGAUUAUCAAGAAACUUUUUCUCCGGUAA